UGCAUUGAAAUUAUAUUCCCUUCGUUGGUGUUUUUUUUUCAAAAGAAAGCACUUAAAAAAGAAUUGAAAUGAAGAGUUUGUCAUUAAAUCCUUACUUAAAACUUGAUCAAUCAAAUGAGAAAGCUUCCUCGAACGAUUCUGAGAGUGAGAAAUUUCUACAGCGUCAACUGCAUCUCAUGUUCCCAUAUGUCCCUGAAAUGGAGAAGAUCUCAACUCAACUACCUCUGAGGCAGGAGCUGCCCUCGCUUUGGGAUGAGAUUGAAGGCGAGAUGGCCUCAAGGGGGGCGAAGUUUAACACUCUCUGUCCAAUCAGAGCCGAGAUGCACCGGAUGCUGUUUGAUGAGUUGAUCCGACAGAUUGUGGUGAUAUUGCCUCAACAAGGUGAGCUUUUGUGGCGAGUGCGUAAAGAGAGUGAGCAGACAGUUGAUACGUGGAAGGAAUUGUGUGCUGGUGGACAGAACUACGGCAACAGAGUGUACACGAAGAUAGAUCCCAAUGCACACACUCAUUUCACUCAGGAAAGUACACCCCCCACACCCCAACCCAUCUAA